CUGCUUUGAUCACGAGUUCAGGCAGCUUGGUCAGCACUAUAGAGAAGGCGAACUUGGCAUUGGACAGGUUUGCCUACCGUAAGAGACGAAGAUAUCGUCCAGAGAGAUAAGUGAGAGUCGGCCGGGAAGCGUCAGCUGAUCAAGAUGGGGUCGCUGUUCCGGAGCGAGGCCAUGACGCUGGCCCAGCUGUUCUUGCAAUCGGAGUCCGCGUACGCCUGUGUCCGUGAGCUGGGGGAGCUGGGGAAGGUCCAGUUCAGAGAUCUGAACCCGGAAGUGAGUGCAUUCCAAAGGAAGUUCAUAAACGAGGUCAGGAGAUGUGACGAGAUGGAGAGACGGCUUCGCUACCUAGAAGAGGAGGAGAAAAAGGUCAACAUCCAGCUAACACCAGGAGGCAACGUGCAAGCCCCUGACCCUCAGGACAUGAUCGACUUGGAGUCAAAGUUUGAGGUUCUGGAGGCUGAGGUGAAGGAGAUUAACGCCAACAAAGAGACUCUGAAGAGGAAUUUGCUGGACCUGAUUGAGCUGCAGCACAUCCUCCAGGGAACCCAGAUCUUCUUCCAGGAGUUAGAUGAAAGACCAUUGUACAUUGUAGUUUUCAUACUUCAUCUCUCACAUCACAAGCUGAGACCUACAUGAUGGCUGUGGAACAUGCUGACACUGGAGCACUACCUGCCAGAUCUGAUGUUGAAAAAGGUCAAGGAUUACUGGAACCAGACACUGACGGUGAGGCCAUGCCCCCUGUGACAGGUCUGUCCCAGACGAGGCUGACCUUUGUGGCCGGGGUCAUCGCCAGGGAGAGGAUGCCUGUGUUUGAGAGGGUCCUGUGGAGAGCCUGUCGUGGAAACGUGUUCCUGAGACAGGCCGAGAUCAUGCAGCCGCUGGAGGACCCCACCACUGGUCAGCUGGUCUUACUCUAGUACAAGGUGGUGUUCAUUCUGUUCUUUCAAGGAGACCAGCUGAGAACACGUGUCAAGAAGAUAUGUGAGGGGUUCCAUGCCACUCUCUACCAAUGUCCGGAGACUGCCAACGAGCGGGCAGAGAUGAGCGUUGCCGUGAGCAACAGGAUUAACGACCUGAUGACGGUUCUGCGUACGACAGAGGACCACUCCAUCACCCAACUCCAGGAGAUUGCUCUGGAACUGGACACCUGUAGACGCAAGGUGAAGAAGAUAAAGUCCAUCUACCAUGCCCUCAACAUGUUCAACCUGGACGUGACCCAGAGAUGUCUCAUUGCAGAGUGCUGGUGCCCUGUGGAGGACCUGGACCAGAUUCAACAGGCACUCACUAACGGAACUGAGCGAAGUGGGUCAACAGUUCCCUCCAUUCUGAACAGGAUGAGCACCAAUGAUGCCCCGCCCACUUACUUCAAAACGAACAAGUUCACCAGAGGGUACCAGGCCAUCGUGAAUUCCUACGGUGUCGCUAACUACGGGGAAGUCAAUCCCACUCUGUUCACCAUCAUAACGUUCCCAUUCCUGUUUGGAGUAAUGUUUGGGGACGCUGGUCACGGGACCAUCAUGUUCCUCUUUGCCCUGGGUCUCAUCGUCUUUGAGAAGAGACUCAAGAACUACACUGGAGGUGGAGAGAUGUUCACCACCAUAUUCCAAGGUCGUUACAUCAUCAUUCUAAUGGGGGCCUUCUCCAUCUACACUGGGCUCAUCUACAACGACGUCUUCUCAAAGUCUCUCAACAUAUUUGGUUCUCACUGGAACCCUGCCUACCCCUAUGGCCGAGGCAGCCUUGACAACCUUCCAACGACAUCCGAUAGUUGCCAGGAGAAAGCGUGCGUGGUGGGAGACAGAACAUGUAUCCUGAUGGGAGAGGGCGAAGACAUGACGACCAUCUUCCCGAGAGAGGCCACGCCUCCUCGCUACCCUUACCCUUUUGGAAUAGACCCAGUGUGGCAGUCUGCUACCAACAAACUGGUGUUCAUUAAUUCGUACAAGAUGAAGAUGUCCAUCAUUUUGGGGGUGGGGCAGAUGUUCUUCGGAGUCAUUCUCUCCAUCUUUAAUCACAUUCAUUUCGCCAACUACCACCGUAUAUUCAUGGAGUUCAUUCCUCAAAUCCUAUUCCUCCUCUCCAUAUUUGGGUGGCUAGUCUUCCUCAUCUUAUACAAGUUCUGCAGUUACUACAAACCACUCAUUACUGCCCCUAGUCUCCUGAUAACGCUGAUUCAGAUGUUUCUGGAGUUCAGUAAAGCUCCCAAUGAUUACGUCACUCGGAAACCAGACGACGAUCCCGAUCUCCUGAACGAGUAUUCCGUAUUUGGUUCAGACCAAACUCAUGGUGCCAUACAGGCCUACAUAAUGAAGCUGCUGGUUGUGGUUGCCGUGGUGUGUGUUCCCUGGAUGUUGGCCUCCAAGCCGCUCUACCUCCUCUUCCUCCACAAGAAGAGAACUAAGAAAGGUGAGGCAUACACUCCAUUCAAUGUCCAGUCAGGAGAUAGUAGCGAUGGAGAGACUGAUGCCAUGGUUGGGGCGGAGCCUGAUGACGACGGGAAGGAGGGCGGAGUCAUGCAUGCCGAGGAGUUUGAGUUUGGAGAGGUGUUUAUUCACCAGGCCAUCCACACCAUUGAGUACUGCCUGGGAACCAUCUCCAACACUGCUUCUUACCUCCGACUGUGGGCUCUCUCCCUUGCUCAUGCUGAGUUGUCGGAGGUACUGUGGCAGAUGGUGCUCCAGAUGUAUGGAUUCAAACUGGCAUCCGGUGGUGCUGUGGCUGGGUGGCUGAUCAUAGCUGGCCUCUGGGUGUUCUGGGCCGUCCUAACUGUCGGCAUCCUCCUGGUCAUGGAGGGUCUGUCUGCCUUCCUCCACGCACUCCGACUACACUGGGUGGAGUUUCAGAGCAAGUUCUAUACGGGAGACGGCUGCAAGUUCCUCCCAUUCUCCUUCGAGAGGGUCCUCUCUGGGGAUGACACUGAUGAGUAGGCGGGGCCUGUUGCUAGCCUCACACUUUGUGAUUACGUAGAUACAUGAUAACAGACUGAAACUAUGAACAUGGUUUUACAAUAUGGUGUGUUCUUAGGACUGUAAUGUUAGGCCGUUGUUGAAUGACUUUGAAGAUGUACGCAUGCGCGGAAUUCGAACUUUGACCUUCUGUUGAUCGGGAGGACUCGGGAGGCGAGCGAGUGUGUACGCGAGAGAGUGGCUGGUCUGUGAGCACUCGCUUCCCUCGAGAGUGGUGCCGUGUCUCGAGAGCGAGAUCCCUUGGCCAGGGAUGGCGGAAAGCAGCGAGACUGCCAGCCAAGAACAGGCUGCCUCUGCAAAUGCAGUGGAGGAGGGGCUGUACUAUGUGGUGAAAAUGGCAGGCAGUGGGUCAGUGUGUGUUGUCAACAAAGACCAGUUGCUGACCGGUGGAGGGGAGGAGUUGGUGGUGGGUGCCAGGUGUGAGGUGGGGGAGGAGGGAGGGGUGCAGUCCGCUGUCAUCAUUGGAGCUGGUUCAGAGUCCGCUCUCUCAGUACUGGAGAGCUGUAUCAAACAGGCCACCCCCACUGCCACGCCCACCACUGAUGACGAUGUGGGUGUGGUCUCAGGGGAUGUAGCUAGAGAGGUGUGGGGGAGUGAGCUGGCGGCACUCCUAUCUCCUACUAAGACCAACACUAUCAAGGGUAGCUCAACACCAAAGACAUCCCCAGUCUCCAUGGAAACACCGACUAAGCGACGAAGACUGGAUUUUAAGCAGUCUCCACUGAGGACAGCUGCAAAGACACCUCCAACAGUGGUUCCCUCAAAACCUGUGGGUCCCUCCAAACCCCUCUUGGUGGGUGGAGUCAAGAGCUGUCUGGGGUCAAAGUCUGGGUCUCCAGUGGGCAGGGCUAAAGCUGCAGCAGGAGGAGAAGGGAAGGCGGUGCCGCGAGAGAUAGAUCCUCCUCCACUGACAGAGAAGAUGGACCCUCUGUCCCAGAUCCUCUAUGAGGUGAAGGAGGUCAGAAGAAGCUACUCGACUCUGGCCGGCUCUCUCCUCAUGAUACGACGCAACCAGGAGGACAUCAAGAACAGACUGACUGAGAUCGGGCUCUCAAUUGUGACGAACAGCUCUGACCACCUCAUCCUGACCUCCGACCUCUCACCCCAGAGGACUCCGGGAGACUCUGGGGUAGACUCCUCAGUGCACCUGGGGACCCUGGAGAGGGUAGAGGUCAUCCCGGGGGACCCCGAACAUCCCCACACACUCCGGGGUAUCAACCUGGCGGCCACAUUCCCUGAGUUUGAUCCGGAGUACCUCGUGGUGUCCCGGGGUAAAUCCUGCUCUCGAAGGAACUUUGCGGUGAACUUGGUCCGCUACCUGUUCACUCCAGAGGAGAUGGCGCAGUGUAACUGCAGUGGGACGAGGGGUAAGGGGAAGCUGGAGCAGGAGAGGCUGGCAAUAGUGCGGAGGACAACGCUGACUCUGUGGCCGGUUGAGGACAGAAUGAAGGAGAAAGGAGAGUGGGCAAAAUGCAUCUACAGCAUCGACGAGGCUUGUCGCAGACUCAAUAGACCAAAACUGAAGAAGAAAGAAAUGAGGGAGGAGGAUGGGAUUGCACUAGAGACUGAGGUGGAGAGCUUCAUGGUAGGCGGAGCAUCACAGAUUUGACCACACCCACUCAUUGUGU